AUGUCGCACUUACAGAUGAAACUCCUGCGCAAGAAGAUCGAGAAGCGGAACAUCAAGCUGCGGCAGCGAAACCUGAAGCUGCAAGAAGCAUCAAACACGAGCCUAUCCCAACCUUCCAAUGAAGAUGUGCCCAAAGAAGAGGUAAAGGUCAGAAAAGUUAAGAAAACCGUAAAGCAUGCUGCGAGGGUGGGCUCAGCAGAAGCACAAAGUGGAGGCUUGCCUGAAGAGACAGUGGAAAACUCGAAAGUUGAAAAGAUACCCCAGAAACCUACUGCUUUAACCAAUGGAGAAACAGCAGCAGCGCCAUCUCCUGAUUCAGAAUCAAAAAAGAAAAAGAAGAAGAAAAAGAGGAAAAUGGCAAAUGACUCAGAGCCUGACACCAAAAAAGCAAAAACUGAAGAAAGCACUGUGGCUCUUGAAGCAGAAGAUGCUGUGGAGAAGCCAGAUGACAAGGAAGUCCCCAGCCUGCCCCUGGGGCUGACAGGGGCUUUUGAGGACACUUCGUUUGCUUCCUUGUCUAACCUCGUCAAUGAAAACACUCUGAAGGCUAUAGAGGAAAUGGGCUUCAAGCGCAUGACUGAGAUCCAACAUAAAAGUAUCAGGCCACUUCUGGAAGGCAGGGAUCUUCUAGCAGCUGCUAAAACCGGCAGUGGCAAAACUCUGGCUUUCCUCAUCCCUGUGAUCGAGCUCAUUGUGAAGUUAAAGUUUAUGCCCAGGAAUGGAACAGGAGUCCUGAUUCUCUCUCCUACCAGAGAACUGGCCAUGCAGACCUUUGGUGUUCUUAAGGAACUGAUGACGCACCAUGUUCACACGUACGGGCUGAUAAUGGGUGGCAGAAACAGGUCUGCUGAAGCACAGAAGCUCACCAAUGGUAUCAACAUUGUCGUGGCCACCCCCGGCCGGCUUCUAGACCACAUGCAGAAUACUCCAGGGUUCAUGUACAAGAACCUUCAGUGUCUUGUUAUUGAUGAGGCUGAUCGUAUCUUGGAUGUUGGAUUUGAAGAAGAAUUAAAGCAAAUUAUUAAACUUUUGCCAGUACGCAGGCAAACCAUGCUCUUUUCUGCCACACAAACUCGAAAAGUUGAAGACUUGGCAAGAAUUUCUCUGAAAAAAGAGCCAUUGUAUGUGGGUGUCGAUGAUGAUAAAGAGGUUGCCACAGUGGAUGGACUUGAGCAGGGAUAUGUUGUGUGUCCCUCGGAGAAGAGGUUCCUUCUGCUCUUCACAUUCCUUAAGAAGAACCGGAAGAAGAAAGUGAUGGUCUUCUUUUCCUCGUGUAUGUCUGUGAAGUACCACUACGAGCUACUGAACUACAUCGACCUGCCUGUCUUGGCCAUCCAUGGAAGGCAAAAGCAAAAUAAGCGAACAACCACGUUCUUCCAAUUCUGCAACGCAGAUUCAGGGAUACUGCUGUGCACAGAUGUGGCAGCCAGAGGGCUGGACAUCCCUGAAGUUGACUGGAUUGUUCAGUAUGACCCUCCCGAUGACCCCAAGGAAUACAUUCAUCGUGUGGGUAGAACGGCUCGGGGCCUGAACGGAAGAGGGCAUGCCCUGCUCAUCCUGCGCCCUGAAGAGUUGGGUUUCCUUCGUUACUUGAAGCAAUCCAAGGUUCCACUGAAUCAGUUCGACUUUUCCUGGUCAAAAGUUUCUGAUAUUCAGUCUCAGCUGGAAAAGCUGAUCGAAAAGAACUAUUUUCUCCAUAAGUCCGCGCAGGAAGCAUACAAGUCCUACAUACGAGCCUACGACUCCCACUCUCUCAAGCAGAUCUUCGAUGUGAACAACUUAAACUUGCCUCAGGUGGCUCUGUCCUUUGGCUUUAAGGUUCCUCCCUUCGUUGAUCUGAAUGUGAGCAGCCAUGAUGGCAAGCUUAAAAAGAGAGGAGGUGGCGGUGGAUUUGGCUACCAGAAAACAAAGAAAGUGGAGAAGUCCAAGAUCUUUAAACACAUCAGCAAGAAGACAGCGGACCGCAGGCAGUUUUCUCACUGACAGGAAUGGUUUUCUACCUGGACUUUGCCCUAAUUUCCCCCUUUUUCUUUAAGAAGGAACUUUUUAAAAUCACCUUUAGGAUCUUUUUGUCUUUGCUAUGAAUGAUAAUUUUUAUUUUUAAAUACUCCCAUAAAAAGUCAUGUCAUUGUUUUAACGUCUUUUAUACCUUUCCUUUUUGGUAUAAGGAGGGACGCAGUGAUGGACAAAAUAGGCUGGAUUUUUAUUUCUUGAACGUUAGCAAUAACCUGGAGCCCCUGAAAAUGCCACAAGUAUGUAAGGGAAAAGACUGUUGGGAGUAAAUAGUGAACAUCUUUAGAGGUGCCACUGCAGCUGAGAUGACUCAGUGGGUAAUCAAGUGCUGCUGCACAGAUCCUGAGUUCAGCAUCCGUGAACAAUGCUGAGCAUGGCAGCACAUGUAACUCGAAUGCCUUGGAGCCAGAGACAGGCAGGUCCUGGAGCUUCCUAGCCAGCUGGUCUAGCCAAAUAUCAUUCCGUGUUCAGAGAGAGACCCUAUCUCGGCAGCGAAGGUGGAACGCAACUGAGGAAGCUAUAGGUAACUUCUGGCCUCUACAUGUGCACAUAGGAACGUGGACAUAAAGUAGUACCGCUUCUGUUGUAUAUUCCUGACUUUUUAUUUUUCAAGACUGGGCUUCUCUGUAACUGUGGAGCCUGUCUUGGAACUCAUUCUUUAGGCCAGGCUGGCCUUUAACUCUUAGAAAUCUGCCUAUCUCUGCCUCCCCGGAGUACUGGAAUUAAAGUCGUGUCUUUAAUAACCACCAGCUAUUCCUGACUUUUUAACAGUGGGAUUUUAUUAGUUGGCUCUUGUUUUGGUUGCUACCCCCCCCACACACACACAUAAUUUGGCUGUGGAGAUGAAUAAUCUGAGUUCAAAUCCUCAGAAACGACUUAAAAUACAGUCGUAGUAGGGCCUGAACAGUUCCAGCAUUCCUAAAGCAAGAUGAGAGGUAAAGACAGGUGAAUCCUUGGAUGACUGAGGUCCACCAGAGAUGACUGCUGUGUAUCCCGUUUUGAAAGUCUGUUCCAGCUGAUUGGGACUACACAUAGGUAUUUGGGGCCCAAUUGUAACCCCAAGUGUUUAAAGCAACAGAGGUAAAGUGCUUGCCGCACUAGUAGGGAUCCCUGGCAUUAUCAAUGAAUCUGGGUGUGAAAGAAGAGCCUGUCUCUAUGUGGAGUGAUUAUCAGCCUCAGGCCUCUGUUAUGUCUGUUUCUCAUGAAAGUGAGAAAACAGAAUGGUAAUGCUCAUUUAGCUUCUCGACCGCACACCUUGGGGUGAACUUCCUCCAGCUCAGUGCAGAGGACGAACCCAAGCCACCAGCACUCUGAAACAUCAUCCUGGACAGUGCUUGGCGUUAGGUCAGAGCUGACUUCCCGAGAGCCCCAUAAACAAAAGUCUGUUGAACAGUGGUUCAGUCAGAUCUGAGUCCUUGCCCUCUAGAGUGUUCUGGGUGGCCUUUAACUACCAAGCUUUAUUUUAUUGUCCUUUGAAGUUGCCAGAUGCCACUAAAUUCUGGCUACUUAGCUUCUUAAGUUUCUAACUCCUGGCACUUAAUAAUUAUGUCUUCAGGAGCCUUUCUUAAAUUUUUGUUCAAUUGUGUGUAUACAUGCCUGUGUGAGUACAGUUGUCUUCAUUCCCUGCAUACAAGACACUGAGAUUGUCUUCCUCGCCCCCGGGGGGGGGGGGGUGUUUAGCUGACCACUGGUGGGGCAGGGAGCCUGCUUGAGUGCUUCUCGUCUAGUUGGGUUUGUAAAGUCUUGAAUCCCCAUAUGUAAGUAUCUAGAUGAAUCUUGUCUGCCCUGACCAUUGUUUUUUGACAGUCUUCAUUGUAUAGCUCUGCCUGCUGCUUGCUAUAUAGACUGGGCUGGCCUCACAUCUGCAUCUCACCUCUGCCUCCUGCCUCACAUCUGCGUCUACACCUCUGCCUCCUGUGUACUCAUCAUGGCCAUGAGUACCUGGCACUCUGCUGUGGUCUUGGCCAGUUGAAAGACCAGCACAGGAAAUGGUGUUAAUAUGUGUAGUCGUCCACAAAUAAUUGUCCUCAAGAGGCAGAUGCUAGCUUGCCAGAGGGAAGCAGCUGUACCUUUGUUUGACAGCCUUGUGUGGGAAGAAGCAGCUAUAGGCAGCCUGGGAUUGCUCAUUUGUGCCGAUUCAGUCUGUGGUUGGUACCCACACAGGAGAUAAAACAUUUUCCUUGGCCCUGUGCCUUUUGGAAGGAAGCCAUCCCCUUGAUUCAGCAUCCAUGCCUGUGAUGGGAAGGAAGGUUUUUGGUUUUGAGUUUGUAUGCAGCAUCUAGACUUCCUGUUUGCAAACCAUACUGUUCAAGUCCUGGAGGAGUGCUGAGGUCACCAAGUGACUGUGACAGUCAACUUGGUAGGAUUUAGGUUCACUGUGAAAACACCUUAGGAUGUUUCCAGAAAGGCGUAACUAAGGAGGGAAGGCCCACUUGACAGCACCAUUCUGUAGACUGCCGCCCUGCAGUGCAUCAGUGUUGGCACCUCCGGCCCUGACACGGACGCCUUGACCAGCCGCCUCAUGCCACUCCUGCGUGCCUUCCCCACCGCAGUGGACUGUGCCCUCUGACUGUGAGCUACAGUAAGCCCUUCCUUUCCUUAGUUGUUCCUACCAAAUACCUGGCAGGAACCAGUGAGGAAAGUAACUAGACAACUCAUCAGGAAAGCCAUUUACUUUCCUGAGACCUGGUCUGGACCAGCCAGAUACACCUGCCCACGCUGAAUCAGACAGAUUGAAGAGCAGAAACAAGGAUAACCACUUCCCGUGCUAAGGCUGCGGCUUUGGGAACAGCUGGUUCCCACUGGACAGCCAGGCAGUAGCUGUACUUGACAUCACAUUGGCAGCAGACAUACCUACCCACUCGGGUUCCUAAGUAUUUAGCAAGCUGGUUCUCUACAGCCAUUCAGUAGUUUGACAAACAAGGUGGGCCACAUCUGUAAUUCCAGGACCAAGACUUCAGGGACAUCUGCUACAUAGCAGGUUUGAGGCCAGCCUGGGCCACCUGAGAAUCUCAAAACUAAGAAUAUUUUUUUUCCAGUUCUCUUAUUUUUAUUUAUUUUUAGGCAGGUUCUCAGGUAGUCCAGGCUGACACCAAACUGUGCUAGUGGAUGACCUUGAACUUCUAAUCUCCCUGCCUCCUGGAAGGCUGUGAUUACUGUAGUAUUGGUGAAUUAAUGCGCACUAGGCAAGCACUGAGCCACAUCCCCAACCCCAGGUCUCUUUUUAAUCUGGCUUUGUAUUCAUCCUAAGAACCCAAAGAUGCAGCUCUUAGGAUUUGCUUUCUGCCUCUGCUAUUUGUGAGUUGUCCGGCUGCUCUGCAUCCCUGCUCUCUGGGGCCACAAUGCCUGAGCUCAGGGAAAGGAGUUAGUGUUCAAGCAGCUGGCCUUUGGAACAUCAAGGCCAUGUACACAUCAAAGAAAGCACGUGAGGUAAGCUCGGCCUGGAAGAGCCUGCCUGGAUCUUAAGCUUCAAAGGUAUUAAUGGGAAUUUUGUCAUCGCUCUGCCUCCGUGGAGAUUUAUCAAUCAUCUGGAGAAGGACAGAGCAGAGAACAUGAGAGCUUCUAGGACAGCAGCUUGCUGCAUCUUGGAACAGCUUACAGUGAGACAUGAGGAAGUGACUCCCCCUCUCUGGACCGUUUUUCAUCUGUAAAAUGGGAGGAAGGAUGAUAGCCCAGGGAUUACAUGCAUGGUCAAGCCAUGAGCUCACAGAAACCAAAGCUGCCAAAAUCAACAGUCAAACAGAAAAGGUCCUGCUCCUCACACCUCUCCAUCAAGUAGGCUUUAGGAUGCUUUUUGCCAAGAAGCUGCUACAGGAGCCUUGGGGGCUAGUAAGAUCAGGAUGACUCAGCGGAUAAGGACACUUGCAGCCAAUCCUGAUGACUGGCAUUUGAUACCCAGGACCCACAGGGUGGAAGGAGAGACCUAACUCCUACAAAUUAUUCUCUGAAUUCGAGUGUGUUGUGGCACGUUGCACACUAGUGUGCUACACAUGAUUUCAUUUAAAAAAAUCAUUUAUUACAUAUACAGUAUUCUGCCUGCACCCCAGAAGAGGGCACCAGAUUUCAUUAUAGAUGGUUGUAAGCCACCAUGUGGUUGCUGGGAAUUGAACUCAGGACCUCUGGAAGAAGUCAGUGCUCUUAACCGCUGAGCCAUCUCUCCUGCCCCGCACACGUAAUUCUUAAAGGAGUCUUUCAGUACUAUUCCCCUGUGUUGCAGCAGAGGGCCUCAGAUAUGCCCAAACCAAAGAGGACAGCUACCCUGACAGGACCUGAGUUGGCAGAGGUUACUUGGGCCUGGGGCAGUGGAUUUUUUAUUUGUUUUUGUGGGGAGGCACAAAGCAGAACACCUGAGUGACAUUUUCAGGCCCUCUCAUGCUCAGAGCUCUGGGGAGAUGGAUCUCACCCCGUGGUGACCAGGCUCUGAGCUAAGUAUAGCCUUGAGCUUCUCUGAUCUUACCGCGUCACUCAGGAGCACUGGGGUUGCAGGCAUGUGCCACACCUGGUUUUCCUGAGCGAAACCCUUCCUGUGCCUUGCCUUCUGCAAGCAUUCAAGCAAACCUGAGACUCACCGGAGCUGAAACUCUUCCACUCCUGACUAAGGCUGGCUGAGGUGGCCUUUUGUCCUCUGUUCUUCCCAGAGAAGAAUGAUGACUGUAUCCAAAGACACAGGCAGGAGAAGCCAGAGCACCAGAGUGCAGAUGUAGGGCUGUGUGGGGGAGCAAAGAUUAGCCUCAAGCCUGAUGCUGCAUAGAGCUGCUGACAGCAGAUGCCACAACACCAAUGCCCUUGACCUCAUUUUCAUAGCAUGUAAUUGAGAAUCUGGGAGGAGGAGGGUCAGGAGUUCAAGACCAGCCUCAUCUAUAUAGUGAGUUCCAAAACCAAAUAAUGGUUUUGAUAUUGGAUGAUAAUCUUUGACUGUUCACAUGAACACACUGCAAUUUCAAUAUCUAUGAGGCUAAAGGUCAGAGUAAGGGGUCAACCAGAUGUCUGAAUAAAGACACUUGCUGCCAACCGCCUGGAGAGAUGGCUCAGCGGUUAAGAGCACUAGUGGCCCUAUCGCCCUUCCUCCCAGAGGACCAGAGUACAAUUCCCACUAAACGCAUCCGUCCUGAGCUCUGGCGCCCUCCUGUGGGGAAAAAAAGACACUUGCUGCCAAGCCUGACCACCAGAAUUUGAUCACUGAUCCAACCAUUGUGGAAGGAGAGAACCAGCUCCCACAAGUUGUUCUCUGACCUAUACGCACGUGCACUCCCCACACAUGCAAAAAUAUAUAUAAAUAAAUAAUUUUUAAAUCAAGAUCAGAACUCAAGAUAUGAUACCAGACAAAUCUGAAGAAUGGUACAUCUGACUGAAUAGGUGGAUGGAAACAGAGGCCACGCCAUGUGUGCGCUAGAACUGGAACAGGGAAGGAAACAGGCGCUGUUCAGCACCACUGGAAGCCUAGCUCUUCUGACUGUUGGGUAGGAUGGAGUGUGUGGUGUGCGUGUGUGGGUGCAUGCGUGUGCGCGUUUAUGUGUGAGGGUACAUGAGUCUGUGUGUGUGAGUGUGUAGAGACUAGAGAGGACAGGUUGGUAGCAGGUGUCUUCUGUCACACCACAUACUACUUUUUGAGACAGGGUCUUUCACUGAACCUUGAGAUGAGCGAUCUGAUGGACUGGCUGGCCAGAGAGCUCUGGAAUCUGCUUGUCUGCACACCUUCCACUGAGGUUACUACAUGGAUAUUCUUGUAUAUGUUCAUGUGUGCAUGUACCAUCACAUGCAUGUGGAGGGCAGGGGACAACUAGAGGGAGUCACUUCUGUCCUACCAUGUGGGUCCCAGGGACUGAAUGUAGGUUGUCAGUCCUAGUUGCUGUUAGUUGGCUAUCUCUGUCUUACUGCCUUGAGCAGGGUAUCUCACUAGAAUUGAAGUUGGGCUAGUAGCCAAUAAGCCCCAGUAAUCUUCCACUGGGGGGUUAUAGGCAUACCUGCCAUGUUUGACUUUGUGUGUGAGUGCUACCAUGUAUUUGAACUCAGGUCCUCAUGUGUACGCAGCAAAAGCUCCUAUCCACUGUGAUAUCUGCCCAGUCCCUGUGUUUGCUAUUUAUACUUGUCUACAUUAUAUAAUGAUUGAAUAAAAAUAAUUAGCAUUUCCA